UUCGGGGAGCGGCACGGCCAUGGCCAAGGCCCCGGCGGAGCCCGGCCCCGGCUCCAGCCCGAUCUCCAUCCCCGUCCCGCUGGACCUGCACGCCGUGCCCCUGGUAGCGCUCAACUACGGCGUCCGCCGCCGCCUCGGGCUCUACCUCAACCCGCGGGCGGCCGCGGCCGCCGACUGGACGGCGCUGGCGGAGGCGCUGGGAUGCGGCUUCCUGGAGAUCCGGCGGCUGGAGGGGCUGCCCGACCCCACGGCCGCGCUGCUGGAGGAGUGGCCGGGGCGCUGCCCCGGCGGUGCCACCGUGGGGCAGCUCCUGGACGUGCUGCGGCGCUUGGGUCGCGAUGAUGUGCUGAUGGACCUGUCCGGCAGCGUGGAGGAGGACUGUAGGAAGUACUUGCAGAGGAAGCAGGAGCAGGCCAACCAGCCUCUUCAAGUGCCAGCAGUAGACAGCAGCGUGCCAAAGACCUCGGAACUGAUGGGCAUCACCAUCAGGGACGAUCCGUACGGGAGCGGAACAGAGAUAUUUGAUGCCUUCAUCUGCUACUGUCAGAAAGACCUGCAGUUUGUCCAGGAGAUGAUCAGGGAGCUGGAGCAAACAGAGUUCAAACUGAAGCUCUGUGUAUUUGAUCGGGAUGUCUUGCCAGGAAGCUGUGUGUGGUCCAUCAGUGGAGAACUUAUAGAGAGGAGGUGUCGGAGGAUGGUGGUUGUCAUUUCAGAUGAUUACCUGGAAAGCGAUGAAUGUGAUUUCCAGACCAAAUUUGCUCUUAGUCUUUCCCCAGGUGCUCGUAGCAAACGGCUGAUCCCAGUCAAGUACAAAUCCAUGAAGAACGAGUUUCCAAGUAUCUUGCGGUUCAUCACGAUCUGUGAUUACACCAACCCUUGCACCAAAAAAUGGUUCUGGACGAGACUGGCAAAAUCCCUCAUGUUGCCAUAACGCAAAGUCCCAAGAGCUGGGUGCUCUUGUGACCUGCCCUGGAUGUGCCUUUGGACUGGGGGGGAUGUCGUUCACACAGGGUCUUCCACCACUUCAGAACCUGGAUACUUGCAAUCCGUGCUUGGGAACAAAGAACUUUCUCUAGCACUUAUUCAUAAUUCUGAGGGGAAAUAGAGCAACUGUGUGGGUGUUCUGGGUUAAGUCAGUGAGCAGCAGCAUCCAGCAUUUGUGCAGUCAGCACUUUCACUGAAAAUACUGGCAAUACACAUUUAAAGACCGAGUGUCUGAUACAGGAAGGCUCUGUUGUCAGCUUGAGCAAGGCCUCAGUGCCUCAAACUGCAGGCUUUGUCAAACAAGCAUUUCCUAUUGUUUUAAAAGCUACAGUAACAUGUGGGGCUGGUGGGAUUGUACCAUAUUGGUCGUGUCUGUCUCUGUUCAGGUCACAUUUAAUUCUGUGAUCUUAUACCAACAUUUAAUAUUCCUAGAUAUUAUUAAAUGUUUACAAUAGAGCCUUCAGUCUUAAAAUACAUAUUUUCAGUGACAGUCCUUACUACACAAAGCAGGGGCUGCAGCUGCUCAUUGACUUGACCAGGAACCAAGCUCUGCACCUCAGUGGGUCCAGAUCUUAAAUUCUUUCACCUUUAAAAGCCUUCCAAAACCCAGCAGCUUUUGGGAUGCCUCAAAGGCACAGGGAUAAAUAUUGAAUAGCCUAUUAAAUUGAAAAUUGGGCUGUUUAAAAUAUAAAGGCAAAUGUUACAUUAA